AUGGGAAGCCUACAAGUUGCGGAAAGUCCAAGUGAAGUAUCAUCAUCCCAAGAUAAAAGAAUUCACAUGGUGGGCUUCGAGGACACGAGAAAACAAAUUGCAAGCAAGCUUCUUGGAGGACAAAUGGAAGAUGAAGAGAAGUUGGUCGAACGUCUUUACAAAAAUUUAAAGGGUAGACAGUACCUUAUUGUUAUGGAUGAUCUAUGGGAUACAAAAGCAUGGGUUGAUUUGAAAAGGUUAUUUCCAGAGGACAGAAAUGGAAGCAGAGUAUUGUUCACCAGUCGGCCGAAAAAUGUCGCGUCAAAAAUUUCCCAUGUUAUCAUUGAACCUUCUCCCCUGUCACCAGGUGAAAGUAAAAAUUUAUUAGAGCUGGUUGUUUUCAGAAAAGAACGUUGCCCUCAAGAACUGCAAGAUAUUGGAAAGAAAAUUGCAAUUACUUGUCAUGGACUCCCACUUUCACUCGUCAUGAUAGCUGGAGUUCUUUCAAAUAUGGAGAAGAAUGAAAAACUCUAG